AAACCCUAGAUCACAACCUCAGAUCCCCCCAUCGUACCCUUGCUCUCCCCGCCGCUCCCACCCAUCACGUCGCCACCUCCCUCCCCUUCCUCUGCGAGCACAGCCGCCGGCCCAACCACAACACCACCCUGGCCUCCACCCCUUCACCGACGAGUACGCUCUCUUCCUUGUCAGUCCAGUAACAUAAACAGAGCGGAGUAGAGGUCUUGCUUACCGGAGAAGAGAUCCCAAGGAAGGCAAGGCAACGUAGAGGGGAAUGGCGGGCGGUCGCGGCGGCGGGGGGCGGAGCGGGCGGAGGGAGGAGUACGACUACCUAUUCAAGGUGGUGCUGAUCGGCGACUCCGGGGUGGGCAAAUCCAACCUGCUCUCCCGCUUCACCCGCAACGAGUUCUGCCUCGAGUUCAAGUCCACCAUCAGCAUCGAGUUCCCCACCGUCCACCACAACAAAGCAACGGGAAGAUUCGUUCCUCCCCCACACCGCGGGUCGGAAGUGCACCGGGACGGGGACUACCACCGCGCGGUGCACGCGUGGAUCUAUUGCGAGAGCACCGGGGAGCUGCUGCUGUAGCGCCGCGCCGACUGCGAGGACUUGUGGCCCAGCCAGUGGGACUUUCCUGCGCCGGCCAACUUGUUUUUCCCUAGGUAAUCCAUCGAGUACCCAUUCCAUUUGUUCCGGGUGCUUAGAGCCUGUACGAUUCCUCCCUGUAAUACCACAAGGAGUUUCAUUCUGGUGGUAUUCAAAGAAAUAUAUGAUAUACAGAUAUGAGUGAGAGAUCGCUUUGUGUUUAUCUUCUUGGCUGUCAACAGUUUUCUUCACUGUCUCAACUCAAGAGAACUGCGCUGAACUUACUUGUGCCUUUGUUUAUUUAGUUUGUUCAGUGUUCCCCCCGAAAAAAAGAAAGACCUACACUGGGCAUGCUAGAAUAACAUAAAUAAGUACAUAGGAAUCAGAAUAAAUUCCUGGAGCAAAUAGUUCUAGUCCUAUUGCAGGAGUGCUUGAGCAAUACAUCUUACUAACUACGUCAUUCUGUUGUCCAUUUCGCUUGACUGAUCACAGACCUAAGAGAAGUGGCCCUAUUACUCUGGCCAAACUCCUGUUUCAGUGUCUACCUGGCUUCUAGCAUCUUGUGUGGCCAAUAGGUGAGUACUUUAUGUGCUACUGUUCCGCACGCAGCGCUACAGGUGAGUACUUUACAUGCUACUUUACCUGACUUCUAGCAUCUUGUCCAUCAGUGCUGCAGGAGUGUUUCUAGCAGGUGAGUACUUUACGUGCUACUGUUCCGCACGCACGCGCACACCCUCACCUGUGUCCGUGUUGCUGCUUGCUCGCCCACAGCCCCUCCAUAGCCGCAUCCCACCUUGUCGUGGAACCAUGCGAGAGCAGUCAUCGUUGUAGCCGUCUGUUGCACUAGACCGAGCCUGGUCAGUUAUGUCCAGCCACACCUUGUGUAGCACGAGCAGCCUGCAGCGAGAUGGUAGAGAAAGGUGCGUUGUUCUCUCAAUUUUUCAACAGUUUUGUCAGGUUUAGAACAGGUUUCGCUCAAGUAGCGCAAUGCCUGGGAGAGGGUAGCAACCGUACGUGUAGCACUAUCGCUAGAGCUCUUGCCUGUUUCCCCCGCGGCCAGGGAUCAAUUGCCGAGGGUGCAUAUUUUUUUUCUUUCAUCCGCAUAUGUCGCUCUAGAGGUGACUGCCAUUUUGAGUCGAUCCCCUGUGGUUCCUAAGUUGCUUGAGCCCCAGCAUAAUGCCGGGUAGACCGCAGUUCGAUCCCCUCCAGGCCACAUUUUUUUGCUAUUACUUUUGUUUUCUUGCAUCAUAGGAGCCAGCUCCACCACAAUUCUGCUAAGUCCCCUCUAGUGUUUGUUUUACAUCAUCUAGCAUAUUUCAUAUUGGCAUAACUUUUAUUCAAAGCAUCAUAUGGGUUUGUGGUGUGUACUAAUUAUAUGCUACAUCGUGUGGGAUAUCUGCCGGUGUCAUUUAUGACCAUGUUAAAUCUAUCAGCAUGUUUGUAUUGUUGUUUGAAAAGUGCAUCACGAUGUAGAUGGUCAUAACCUAUUAAAAUAUUGCACUUUGCUCAUGUAUAGUUGCUGUUACAACCCUUCUUUGCAAAUGCUUCCUCUAUGAAACUUGGCUAAAAUAUGGUGUAGAUUCAUAAUAUGACAGCCUCUCACAUGACGGUGAAAGACAACCUCCUGGUAGCGCUCUAAUUUUGGUGUUGCGUUGAUUCACAUGCUAUCGCUGCUGCGCCCGUGGCUUGAUGUGUCGUGAUGUUUAUUUGUGUAGGUUUUGUUUGAUGAUAUGUUUACAUUAUAACCAUAAUCCUGGUGGUUUGAUGAUACUAUUUAUGUACAUUUCUUCUGCUGUCAAUUCUUGCUUAUAAGUUAUUGGAUCCCUCAUUGGCCACAGUUUGAUGUUCUUUACACAUUCUUAUUCUUAUAUGUUCAUUCAUAUUUUUUGCACAGGUGAAGUGCGAAUCCAAGUCCGAAGCUAUGAAGCAUAUCAACAAAGAGUAGCAUAUUAUCUGUUGUAAUUGUAGGCAGUACUAGGCUUUUUUGGGUUGUAGUAUAUUGUAACGAUUCUAGUAGACUAAUGUAGUCUUGUUUUGGAUGAAUUUCAUUUGAUCUUUGGAUUGUUUGAAAUAAUGAUUGUGUAUGUGAUUUGAAUA